CGUGUCGACAGGAUUAUUGCAUGAACUGAUCGAAUGAGCCACCGACCGAACCCUGUCUGAUGUACAGGGAAUGGAGGCUCUGCAGGCCCCUUCUCAGACAUGACGGAUUCGGUCUCCUCAACGCCGAGUAGCUCGACCAGCAGCAGCCUGGAGUUCGAGGAUGACGAACGCGAGACACUUCCUGACUCGCAACAUGGCUCCAGAAGAGCCACUUCGUCGCGCGGAAGUUCUCUCGAGCUGAUCAACGUCCCUCAGACAGCCUGGCAGCGAUCGAUAUCUGCCUGCAUGGUAGACCCGUUCGGUCAACUUCCGGUCGACAUCGACGAAGUGACCAACCAGCUCCUUCACUUCUACGGGCAGGACUUGUAUUGGCAGACUGCGUAUGCGUUAUCGAAUAGCAUCAGGCCUAGCAUUAAAGGGUCGUGGGAAUACCAGACCAGUCUCUCGCGUACCCAUUUCCACAUCCUUAUGGCCCGGUCUGCCUUGCAUCAGCUCCGUCUGAACAAAUAUGUCUCAGCGACAAAGCAGAAAGACCUUGAAGUUGCCGCCCUGAAGCACCAAGGCAAUGCUCUCGCAGUCCUGAGAAAACAAGUGGCACGAGGCUCACAAGCCGACAGAAAGGAGAUCCUUACAUCAACCAUCAGCCUUGCCACAUUUGAGCAGAGGUAUGGUGAUCGCGAAAAGUCGUACUUACACUUCAAGGUAGCAAGAGACAUUAUAAAACAACUCGGGUUUCGAGGAGGGCUACAUGACCGUCUCCGUGAAGAGCAGGCGUUAUGGUUCGAGGGCAUCUAUAAAGAUCCACAAGCUUCAUUUGUCUGGAGCACGGAAGACGCCACCACACGGUUCAAGUGGUUGAAGACUCUGCUUGGAGAGGUCGAUCGAAUAUGGCGCGAUCGCAUCCUGCUUCCGCCAAAACAUCGACAUUCCUUUGUGGGCGAGAACAACAGAUUGCAGGAAUUUCUCUUUCGUAAGACGUCGGGCAAAUUGAUCAGCGUGUAUGGUGAUAUCGAUGAGGGUGUCGCACAGCAGAGGUGUCUGCUCAUCGUGGUGUGCAUUAUAGUUGGCCUGCACGCACAGCUGGAAGGGAAGUCCAUUUUGAGACAAAAUUUCAAGGCAUUGGCGGUUUUUGACGCCAUCAGUGCCUAUGCGGAUGCCCUCGAGGAGAGACUCAUUGAACUUGAUGUUGGGAGCGAAGAAUCAGCCGCAGACCUACUCUGGAUUAUGUUGGAGAACUACCGCAACUUCAAGCCUUUUAGUGUUAAUCCAGCGGCAGUUCAAGCACUGAAGACUCUCGACAUUGCCAACUGUCACUGGCGAGCUUCUGCUAUCGCGAAUGUACUGAAGUACUUGCCUGAAGGCCGACAAAUGGAGUUGAAAGAGUGGCUGUCAGAUUUUGUGAAGAGCAGCAGAUAUACUGGGAAAGCGGCGGCUUUGAACGAGUUUGCUUUCAGCUAUGCUGGUCUUUGACUGAAGUACUGAGAAUGAAUCAAUAUGGAUGAGAAUUCAGGAAGCUACAGUGGGCAACAGUACGGAGUACCAGAAUUGGCAUAUCAGCAGGCUGUUAAUUAUAUGUCCAGUCUGACACAGAGGUCUAAGUUGAGGGUGGUGUUGAGGCGGGGGACUUUCUAGGCAGGAUGAUCAUAAUUUACUUUCAG